AAACAUUUGCAUUUAUAAUAUUAGUAACAAAUAAGAAUGAUUACUUGUUAUUAUAUUCAGGUUCUACAACUUCACAGCGAAACAAAACAAAAAUGAAUAAACCAUGUUUUUUUUACUUCAUCUUUUUACAUAUGAUAUAAAAUAGCAAUUUUCCUACACAAGUAGGUUUUAAAAUUAGGUCAAAUGUAACAGUGCGCUGCGCCGGCGCCGGAUUGGCACAAUAGGUAAGCGGAGAAGAGAGAGGAGAGGUCUCGCCUCCUGACUCCGCAUUGUCCGUUCAGACUCCUUACUUUGCUAUCUUAUUGCAGUAACUAAAAUAAUGUUUAUCUAAGUAAUUACUGCAACGAUGUUAGUCACUGAUGUCGGACAAGUUGCGAUAAAUGGCCCUCAUUGACGUAAAUCUUUGGUAGGCGCUUAGCUUAGAAAAAAGUUCGGCUCUGUUUGUAAUUAACCCUGGAAUCCGACGUUUCCUCCAAAAUUAUACAAGUUUAGGCUUUCAUAAAUAUAUUGAUUUUGGCAAAAGUCAAAUGGCAAAUAAGACCUCACGAUCAUAUACUAUGUAGUUCGUACUCUUUAACAUUAUGACAUUGGCAUUAGCUAUAUCUCUUCAUGUAUCGGAAGUAUAAGAAUAGUUUGCGCAGUCACUAGUCUAGUUGUCUCAAGUAUCAAAUUAUUUAUAAAAGAAACGUAUUGUAAUGUAUAAUAAAUGUGCGUAUCAUAAGAGGAGGAGGGCGCGCGUGCCGCGCUAUGUGGGGCGCCGGUGCUCACCAAAGCAUGCACGAAACAAAGACGACGGAAAUAUUGUUCCAGUCGACGACAAGAAAGCCGACGAGACAGUUUCCCGAGCCUGGCCUGACACACUUUUUAAAAUAUUAAAUAAAAAAACGAAAUUCCCGCCAUAACGUGACAAAUUUUUAAAAAAGAGAAUAAAGAACUACCUUUAAAACAUUUUUUUUUAAAACUCGCUAGUUCGUGAUGAUAUAAAAGUUUCCUAAAUUCAUAAAUGUGUCCUGAACGAAGACUAACGUGACAAUUUGUUAUUUAAAAAUGUACAAUGGCAAGAGUAGUGCGCUGUGGCAUCUGGUAGUUAUUGCUUUCUGCACACGGUAUGCCUCCCCCGCCUCCGCCGCCUCCACCGACCACUACGUCAGGGUGGGCAGCAACACGAACGUGGCAGAAGCGAUGCAGUUUCUGCGCGAGUACGACAGGGAGGCGUCCGGCAUGUGCUACAGAGUGACGACGGCGCAGUGGAAGUUCGUGACCAACAUAACGGAACAAAACCGACGACGGAUGAACGAGGAGCUGGCGCUGAGCUCCAAGUUCGAGCGGCUGUCGUGGCGCAAGGCGGCCGCAUUCGACGUGACGCGCCUGGCCGACCCGCAGGCGCGCCGCCAGCUGCGCAAGAUCGUGCAGGCCAGCCGCGCCUCGCUCUCUGAGGACAAAUUUAAUGAGCUUCAAAAACUGAUAACAGAGAUGAAAGAGAUCUACAACUCUGCGAAAAUUUGCCCCUUCGGGCAGAAGCCAUACGACCCUCACGUCCCAAAAACGGGUGGCCCGGCGACCGCGCCGCCCGAACCCUUUCCGCUGACCCAUCCGCAUUACCAGCUCAACAACCACCCGUACCAGCACUACCAGCCGUACCGGGACGACCCCGAGUUCCCCAACUAUUGCGACAUGCAGCUGGACCCCGAGAUCUCGAGGAUCCUCGCCCACUCCAGGAUAGAGAGCGAACUCCUCUACGUGUGGAAGAGCUUUCGGGACCAGACCGGACCCAAGCUGAGGGACAAGUUCAUAAGAUAUGUGCAGCUCGCUAACGAGGCCGCCGCUCUCGCCGGUUUCAGGAACGCGGGCGAGCAGAUGCGCGCGGCGUACGAGGAGCCCUCGCUGCGGGAGAACGUGGAGGAGGUGUACAAUCAGGUGGCGCCGCUGUACAAGCAGCUGCUGACCUACGUGCGCCGCCGCCUGCUGCAGCGCUACGGCAACCACACGCUGCGCCCCGACGGGCCCCUGCCCGCGCACCUGCUCGGCAACAUGUGGGCGCAGAACUGGAAGUCAAUCAUGGACCUGGUGAUGCCGUUCCCGACCUCGCCCGCGCUGGAUGUCACCUCGGAGUUGCUGCGCCAGGGGUACACGCCGCUCAGGAUGUUCCAGGUGGGCGAGGAGUUCUUCACGAAGAUGGGUCUCAAGCCAUUGCCGCCGGAGUUCUGGCGCAGCUCGGUGCUGACGCGGCCGCGGCGCCCCGCUCAGUGCUCCGCCAGCGCCUGGGACUUCUGCAACCGCAUCGACUACAGGAUCAAGCAGUGCACGGAGGUGACGACGCAGGACCUGGUGUCGACACACCACGAGCUGGCGCACAUCCAGUACUACCUGCAAUACGCGGAUCAGCCGCAGCUCUUCCGCGACGGCGCCAACCCCGCGUUCCACGAGGCGCUCGCCAACGCGGCGACGCUGUCCGUGUACAACAUGCCGCACCUCUACCGCCUCGGACUCUACAACAACAAGAGCCACGACCCGUACGAGGUGGGCAUGAACUUCCUGAUGACCAUGGCGCUGGAGAAGGUCGCCUACCUGCCCUUCGCCUUCAUGGUGGACCAGUGGCGCUGGUCGGUGUUCGAGGAGGGCGUGGAGAACAUGAACGCGCGCUGGUGGCAGAUGAAGCUCAGGUACCAGGGCGUCAUCCCGCCGCUGAAGCGCACCGAGGAGGACUUCGACCCCGGCGCCAAAUACCACAUCAUCUCCGACCAGGAGUACCUGAAGUUCUUCCUGGCGACGGUGCUGGAGUUCCAGGUGUUCGAGCAGCUGUGCGCGGCGGCCGGACAUGCCGAACACCUGCACCUCUGCGACCUGCACCGCAGCCGCGAGGCCGGCCGCCUCCUCGGUGAGGUGAUGCAGGCGGGGGCCGCGAAGCCCGCCGGCGAGCUGCUGCGCGCGCUCACCCGCGGCAGGACCGACAAGAUCUCGCCGGAGGCCCUCGUCAAGUACUUCCGUCCGCUGGAGCUGUGGCUGCGCGCGCAGAACCGCGACGCGCCACUCAUCGGGUGGAAGGCGAGCAGGCCGGACGUGGCGCUGUUCACUCCGCGCGCCGCCGCCGCCGCCGCCGCGCCGCCCCUCGCCCCGCCCGCCGCGCGCCCGCUGCAUCUCCUCCUCCCCUGUCUCGUACUCUUCCUCCUCCCCCUCCUCCUCAUAGCUCACUAA